AUAUACAGUUCAUAUUACUUGGAAUAUUCCGUCAAUUUUCUAGUUCAGUUGCCAACUAAAUUUAGUGUUGAAAAAUAGUCCAGAAUUUUUGGAAGCUCAUCAAAAUGUCUAUAGUUAUUGAUGUUGUCCAGCAAAUUGUGCUGCAGAAAGCCUGCGACUUAGCAUGUGAGGCAGCUAUUUUAGCCUUGAGAAAAUGUGGCAAACUCAGAAUAGAAGAUGAUAAGUCGAAGAAGAAUGUAAAGAAUGACAAGCCAUUGCCUAUGCCUUCAGUUAAACCCGUAUCCGAGGUCGUGGUUUUACCACUGAAGAUAACACCAGUUCCAGAAGUUAACAAAACAGUCCAGUUUGUGGGCCGGGACAUUCCUAGAAAGAACUUCGGCUCCAUCGAUCCUCCCCAGUGCUCCUGCAUGCGUGUUUGCCGGGAUAGUUACUUCUCUUAGGCUUAAACACAACAAAGGUUUAAAAACAAUUGCAACUUUAAUAGAAUAGGAAAUAGCAAAA